AGGAGAGAGACGGACGCUAAUGAAUCGGCUGAUGAAGUCCGAAUAGCGCGCUUCAGAGGAUUUUUGCUCGUCGCGCGACCAGUUUAUAUUAUAAAUGGGAGAGAGACGCGCCGCGUGUGAAUUAUCGCGAUUCUCUCUUUUUUGCGCCAGUCGCGCUGCUUUAUUUGCCGAAAGGAUGCUGUACGUUGCUAUACAGUCGAGGCUUUUCUUUUCCCUCUGACGAGCUGGUAUAAUACGCGUUUUCUUCGUUAAUGACCGGGAUUGUGCGCUGCCGCCGAGUUUCGGAGAGUCAUGCAGUUUUCACGUAGACGGGGAUUAAUCAAUUUAUGACGAAGGACUUUUUUCUCAGCGAGAUAUUUAUACACACUGCUUUUUAUCGGGACUCAAUUAUCGGCCGGCGUGAUUGAUAUUCUCCGCUGAUAAUGGAGACGUAAUUGCGCGGCCAUGAUCCUUCGAUAGCUCGUUUUUCACCCGUAAUUCUCCCUGUAUUAUGUAUUGAAAGGAACGUAUUUGAAAAAAAAUUGGCAAACGGUCUCUAAAACCCAGAAAUAGCGCUCCUCUCGACGCGCGAAACGGCUGGAAGAGCCGUGUGUCUCCCGCGCAGAAAAAGAAGACACUACUCUCGCAUACACGCGUAGAUCUCAGUGUGGCAAUAAGAAGCAGCUCACGUAUGUACGCCUCUCGUUUCGACCCUGGUCACGAUCUCCUACAUAGGUAUAGCCGAAGCGUCGAGCUAGAUCCAUACCAUCGACCUGCCAUAGUCCACCUCCUCUUCCAGAGGACUGUCUCUUCUGCCUCCUUUCGAGAAAAAGCUCGAGUCCAAGGCCCAACUAAGGCCAUUUGCCUCCGGACUCUCGGACAACAACCCGCAUUGUACUGUCGCUGUUUUUGCGCUCCGUCGAUCCAGUGUAUAAAUAUACAGCCGGUGCGCGAUCGGUAUAUUGGAAAGAUCGGCGUCUUCCGCGUAGUUUGCAUACCACCGCAUCGGAAGUACUGUGACUUUCACUGAGUGCCGUGUACACCUACUAUAUAUCUCUUGGAAAAAUAGCAGCGAUUUCGUUUUUACUUUCGCACAAAAAACCAACGAGUGCUGCGAGCAACCAGUGCCGCUGGAAGAAGAAGAAGUUUACCAGUUAUGGAAACGAGUCUCGGUACGCUAUCUGACGAGAGGAUCGGCCAGUGUUCUUCCUCUGCCGAUUUUCAUCGCGUAUAACGCGUAUAACGUAUCAGCAACGGACUCAUUCAUAUUCCGAGCCGAAGGAUCGGCGUAGCGGUCAGUGGGACGACGAGCGCGGCGAAAAAUGCGCGCGUAGUACCUGCCACAGGCGUGACUUCCGCUAUCAGCUGGCUACGUCAACGUUUGGCUUUUUCGACCACGUCGCAGCGGCGUAUCACGAUGCUCGGCGCAGAUAGCUCGAGUGCGCCGCAGCGAAAGCAGCCCCGAUGGAUCGAGGUGGAGACGCUCGAACCGAUCUAUAGCGUGCUGGGCUCCCACAAGAGCGGCUCCAGUUCCGAAGGCAGCAGACGUCAGCCCGAGGUGGACAUAGUGAUAAGCUCGAAGACAGCCACCGCCAGGCAGAGGUUCCCCACGUGUCCGAGAAAGCCACCGAUUCCGCCGAACUACCGAGAGUCGAGGUUGAAGCAGCGUCAGCAGGAGGAGGAAGAGGAGGAAGCGAUUUACAGUGUUGUGAACAAGAGCAGAGCCGUCGUCGGCAGUGUGGAGCCCGAGGGGAGCAGCAGCAGGCGGGAGGAGCUGGAGAACUGGCUGAGGACCGCCUCGAGGGAACGCGGAGCCAUGUUCAACUCGAGCAACAACAGGGACGACCACGAGUGGAGGAGGGAGGCCGGCGUGUCGACGCCCAGAGGGAUCGUCGGCCUGGUCGGACCUUAUCGAAUCCACUCAACGCCGCUGGACGACCCUCACCGCCAGUACAUCCUAGAGGAGGAGGAGCUGGUCGAGGAGAUGGUCGACUCGGUCAGCGAGACAGCUUCCCGCUCGGACUUCGAUCAACCCAACUGGCGCGUCGUCGACGAGCGAGAUAACGCUCCGGCCUGCAACGACGAGGACGACAACGAGACCCUCGUCCCGGACGAGAGCGAGGAUGAGAAGAGCCCGAGAGUCGCGAAGGAGGAGGAGCUGAAAGCGGCGGAGAAGAGCCCGAUAUCCGAGAACUGGAAACUGCGCGAGAGCACGACGAUCCUUAGCAGCGUUAAGUAUGGCAAGCAGGAGAGAGCCGUCGACGUACCGGACGGCGCAUCCGCCAUCUCCGCCGCCAGCACCGUCACCAAGGCGAAAGCCGCGAGCAACGAGCAGCAUGACAAGGACAGUCUGAACGAGACCGGAAGUACGACGGGCGGAACGGUGGAUGGGGGGCCGGGAGGGGCGGCUGGCAGCAGCAGCAACAACAACAACAAUGGCGCCUCCUCCGGCCGGGCGGAGCGAAGCAGCGCAGUCGGGGAUGGCGACUCGUCGCCCGCAGGGGGUGGCAGGGACGCACCGAUGCGCUCGCACUCGCCACCCCCCAAGUCACUCGUCUCAAGGAUACUCGCCAGGUCUAGGACGCCCGAUGAUCUGUUGGAUCACUCCGAGCCAUUUUCACAAUUAUGGGUGGUCCUGUCGAACGUCUAUGGAGAACUGGUCGUCGUCAUAACGAUGGCGCUCUGUCUGGCCGAGGUCAUGGACACACCCGUGCCACUGCUCAGUCUUCAGGGCAUAUUUCUAAUGUACAUGUACGUGGGAAGCAUCGCGGUGAUAAUCGGCAUCUACAUCUGGGUACUGGUGGACAGCUGCGGCAGUAUGAGGGGCGGCUCUGGUCUGCGCGACGCCGAGCUCGGCGGCGCCUCUCUCACGAGGUUCGGAUCGCUCAAACUCGCCCACAUAUCAAGGGCGAGGACGGCGCCUACCAGCUUCUACAUUCGCGUCGGCGCUCUGCUCUUUGGCCUGGCAACCUUGGUUUUCAAUGGUCUGGAAAUGGCGAUGCACUCGAUGAUGCAAGGCGCCGAGUGCCUCAGCGACGUUAUCUUCGUUCAUCCGGUCUUGCACGGGCUCUUUACCUUCCUGCAGAUGCAUUUCCUCUUCGUCAACUCUCAGGUGCUGGUGGAGAGGUUUGGAUUGGCCGCGCGUUUUGGCUUCACGCAUCUCGCCGCAACGAACAUCGCCGUCUGGGCGAGAUUAGUCAUCUGGGACUCGGCGCAGGAGUGGACCUACUACGUGCACGUGGCUCAGCGAGGACCGCUCACCGAUACGUCGCCCCUUAGUCUCAGAAGAUUUCCCGGAUCGCUCACCAGGCAGACUAUCGAAUCUAAUGCUCCGGAAAACAUCUAUCAUACGCCAUUACCCAGGUAUGAGCCGAUUUCUCAGGAGCAGAUUUUACAGGUGGUGGCGCUGCAGGAGUGUCUGAACAAGAAUUCGUUAGGCCAGUUGUGGACUUCCAGCAUGCCCUUCCUUUAUCCGUUCAUCGUUCAGUUCAGUCUUAUAGCAGCAGCAGUGACGUUCGUGAUGGGCCAAAACGUGGGUCGCUCGAGUCGUCUGCUCCACAAGAAAUUCCACAGCAUGAAGGAUCUUCCGAGUUCGGGACGCAUCGGCUGCGACGGCUCGAGCAAAGGCCUUUUCAUGGGCAUUCUGUGUAUGGUUGCAGGCAUCGUCGUCAUUCUGAUCUUCCUGGUGGUACGCGAGGAGCCUAACUUUCCACCGGCCACUCUGUCCUGGCUAACCUGCGGCACACUCAUCGGCAUCCUGACCCUCAGCGGUCUCAUGACCAGCAGUGGUCUUGUACAGAUCAGACAAAUGUCCGUUGUUACUAGGGCACCUGCUGCGCUUGAUUCUCUACUGUCGAAUGUCGCGCUUUUCGGAGUACAACUUUACUCGGUGUUCACCAUCGUUGUGUGCGCCUGCUCGCUGGCCACCCUACCGCAAACUGACGAGGUUGAACCUAAUCCAGAAGUCGAAGAAAUGCGUGGAAGGCACACGAUGCUUCUCUCGGUGUCCGUGCUGCAACUACUUCAGUGCUUCGCGCAAAGUACCUUGAUAGCAGAGGCUUCCAAGAGAUGCUGCAUCACACGCUUUCAGAUUAUGGCCAAACCUGGCAGACAGAUCAUCACAUUCUUACUAUUUAGCAAUGCGGUGCUGUGGGCUUUCGACACUGUGGUGACACAAAACUGGAUAUCGCAAGAGCUCCAACUGCAGUUCUUCGGUGUACUAGCCUGGGGCGUUAUCUCAAGGAUCGGCCUGCCACUGCUUAUCUUCUAUCGGUUCCACAGUUGCGUGAUGCUGCUUGAAGCAUGGAACAAGUGUUACAGGACACUUCACAGCGAUCAUCCACUUAACUGACGACACAGAUGGCCCAAAAAGUUUGCUUCCAGGUUCAAACCUAAAGCCUGGAAUGAAAAGAGCAAGCCGAACCACCGCUACCGAAGACGCAAGGUCAAACUGAACGUUCAGCAGCAACGCGGUGGUGGGCAGCAGCACCGAGCUCUCCAAGCCCCCGCCUCUCCCUACAUGGAUAAUCCGCGAGCCUAUUUGCACCCCUACAUGGACAGUGCUAGCUGGCUGUACCUGGACCCGAACCCCCCGACCAUGUCUGUAGCUACUGUCGCGCCCUACGCCUUGCCCCCGCCGUGUCGGGGCAACCGUCGUCGCCAUCAUCAUCACCACCAUCAUCAUUAUAGAGCGAUUAGAAAUGAGCAGCAGCGCAGAGUCUCCAGUGAACCCGGUACCUGGAGAAACUCGAGUUGCAGCAAUUUAGUGCAGCAGAGGCAUAGGAGAGUCUCCAGUAUGGACGACAAGAUGGAUUGCGUCAUGAGAGCGGAACCUAGCGAAGAGGAUUCGAGGGAGCGACGAGGAGGAGUAUCGAGGACCUCGACCUUUCGCAAAGUGCCAUGGCACCCGAACCUUCACAUGCUCAAGAUAAGACGAGCCUGAGAACUCGUUCGUCGUAUCGUUUUAUUUUUUUGCUCUACGUUGUAUGCUAAGGAUGUUCAAUGGUCACACGAAAGUUUAGAGAAUGAACUGAAACUUUGAAGAUAUAUUCGUCCAGUGUAUACAAAACGAUCCUGGUUUUCCCGAUAUUUGUCACCGAACAUAUUUCCAUAAUAUUCGAGUUCAUAAUUGUAGGUUAUAGACGGGCUCUUAUGGAGCACGGUCAAAAAUAGUCGAUUGACAUAGAGUGUGAUGUUUUUAAAGUUAAGAGAAUGAAGUAAAAAAACUGUAGAAUAUACUCGCGUGAACCUAUAAGAAAUGAAGCAUAAGGCUGCGCGAGGAGGUGCGCGGUGCUGGAAGAUGCCACGUUCCUCACCCCGCCGGCUGAAAGCAUUGAACAUCCUUAAGAAGUGUAUAAGCGAAGUGUACGCUUUUUAUAUAUAUGAUGGACGCUGUUACUGGUUUGCCGUAGAAUUUUUUCAGUGAACGCAUUUCAUUUAUAUUCCAAUACUGCCACGUUUUUUAGCUCAUAAGACAAGUAGGUUUAGAUUUGUUUUGUUCGUGAAAUUUUUAAAUCCUAAUUUAGGCAUAUAAGACUGUGUAUCUGCUUGAAGCAGAUUAUCACGAGAGGAGAAUAAUCAAAAUCGCAUCCAAAUUUCUGCUUUAAUUUUUAUUGUAACUUUGUAUCAAGUACCAAACGAACAAUGUAUUCUUUGAUGUAUUCACGCUAAGGCGGCUAAGAAUUGGUGUCGAAUACUAGUUCUCCGUUAUUUUACAAGAACCUCUUUAUGAGAAACAUUUCCGACAUUUUAUGUCGAUAUAACCGUUUUAUUUAUAGUAGACCGUCGUCAAAUAACUCAGUUAUUAUUAAAUCAACAUUAACAAAUUUACUGUUACUUCAUUCAUAAAAAUCUGGAUUACUUCUGUUGGGAACAGACUAUGUUUCAUAAAGAGAAAACUUGAAAAUGCAUAUUACGUUCUGUUUCGCGUCCUUGUAUUUUUAUUAUAAACUUCUUAUUUAUUUUUUUAUUCUGUAUUAUGACUUGUUAUCUAUAAAUGAAUCUGAAUG